UCAAUGACAUGAGCGUGCGCCAGCCGAAGUAUGGCCGCACCUUUUUUCUGUAUUGUUUAGCAACGCCAAACAACCCCCCUAGUAACAACGCCACACACGACUGACUUUGUCAAAUCCAGUCAACUCACUUUGUAAAUCAUUCCUGUUUUGUAAAUAACAAUUAGCUUGCAAAUGGCCGGGAUAACGAGACCAAUGAGUCAGAUGCGCAAAAUGGAGGCUAAGGAAACCCUCUUCCGUACCCGUAAGCGCAUCCUCAAUUAUCUCGUGCUGGCAUUUUUGAAGCAGGAGGGUUUCUUCCACUCGGCGGAGACGUUCGUCAGAGAAGCCAAUCUUACUGGGGAGUACGAAAUCUGCGACAAUAUCGAUUUGGACAUUAUUUUGCAGGACUUCUGCAACUAUUACCUGAUUCGCUUCAAUAAGCAGCCUCAGCUUUGCCGCAAAGUGCAACAGACCACGGCUCCCAUCCCGCCUCGCCCGCAGACCAGACGUGCUGAGAGACGCAAGCCCAGUGAAGAGCCCGCGGAGAAAUUGGAGUGUGAGAAACCUCACGCGGAUCUGCCUUCGAGCAUCACCAUUUCCAGCUUGGACGAAGUAUAUCUAAAACCCAGCCCAACUGUGAUCGACAGCAAACCGAUAUUGAAAGACUCUACGCCAUCCGUCUUAACAAAGCCUCUUUCCGGCCUUAUGAGGUGCGCUUCGCAAGAGAAAAGAGAGCUCAUAGAGAUGCUGUACCAGGAUAUCAUAAGACCGUCGGGAGUAUCGUGGGAUGACAUCAAGGGCCUGACUGAGGCAAAGAGUUUGUUGAUGGAAUCUGUGAUUUAUCCAGUCAGAUACCCCGAAGUAUUCACGGGUCUCCUGGAGCCAUGGCGCGGUAUCCUUCUGCACGGUCCGCCGGGUACUGGCAAGACGCUAUUGGCGCGAGCGGUUGCAGCUGAGAGCGGCUGCACGUUCUUUAACGUGGCUUGCAGCACUGUCAUCACCAAGUGGCGUGGAGACUCGGAGAAGAUAGUCAAGGUAUUAUUCGAAAUGGCUACUUACUACUCCCCGUCGGUAAUUUUCAUCGACGAGCUGGAGUCGAUAGCCUCGGACAGAUCAGUGCCGGGGGAGCACGAGGCCUCUCGGCGGCUCAAGACGCAGCUCUUGACCGAGCUGGACGGCUUCAACGAAAGGGAGGGGAUCGUGUUUCUAUUGGCCAAUUCUAAUAUGCCUUGGGAUAUAGAUGCUGCAAUGCUACGUCGAUUGGAAAAACGUAUACAUAUACCAUUACCGGACUUCAAAACGCGUACGGAGCUUUUUGAAAGGUUUCUAUCCUCGAAGAAUAUAGAAUUGUACCCUAAAGUAGACUUCCAGGAGUUGGCUUCGAAAACAGAAGGGUACUCUGGUAGCGAUAUUAAACUGGUUUGUAAGGAGGCCCUUAUGACGACCGUCAGGAAGAUUUUACCCAGCAUGAAUAGCAAAGGUAACCUCCUCAACCGCAAGGACCGAUUGAACGUUUCCGAGAUACUGACAGCGAUCGAGAAAACCAAGCCGGUGUCCAAACACCUUGCCUUCAGACAUGUAAAAUGGCAGAACGAGAUGGGAUGUUCUUAAUAAAAAUUACGAGUCUCUAAACUUUGACUUGCCUCACAUAACCUGUGAAGGUGUAGUAGGGUUUUCAGCCUAGUUGCAUUUUCGCGUCCCGGGAAAAAAAUCGGGGUUGGUGCGGUCUCGAAUUUUUUUCCCGGAAAAACGAGACCAUUUUGAAAGUUUGUUUCCGUACUCAUAGGCCAGGGAUUUAUAUAUACAUAUAUACCUAGACAAAACACGACAUUUUAUUAAACACCUGUGGAUUCUAACGCUAAGGAUACACUUUACGAUUUGGUUUUUAUGAAGAUCGAUUCAAGUGCAUUAUGAUCUAACGAUUUAUUGUAUCGAUUAAUUCCAAUGCGAUUUUCAAGCGAACUAAAAAGGCAAAGAAAUCGUCUAAGAAUACAAUAAACAUGAUUACCUAUCAUAAGUCCGAAAUGACAUUUUCCAGAAAUAACGUUUGCUAGAAAGUUCAUAACCUCAAAAGAAUUUUGAGAGGAAAAGUUUUUCUUUUAAACCUAACUUAACC